AUGCAUGAACAAUUGAUUGAAUUGGUGAGCAGGCACACAAUUCUCUAUGACACCAACGAUCCCAACUAUUUGAAAUCCAAAUUAAAGGAUGAAUUAUGGAAUGACAUCGGAAAAGAAGUAAAAUUAAAAAGUGGGAAUGAAGCAAAAACACUUUGGCUAAAGCUGCUUAACUGCCACCGCGAUGCACUGCGAAGACAGAAAAAGUUUUUAAGAAGUGGAGCUUCUGCUGUCGCCAUAAAACAAUGGAAAUAUCAAAAACAAAUGCAGUUUUUGGUUCCAUAUAUGCCAAACAGACCACGUGAAGGUAACUUAGAGAAAGAUAGUGAAGAUGGAGAUAGACAGCAAGGGGAAUCCGCAGCAGUUCCAGAAACUGAAAUUUUUGAGAGUGAAGCAGAAACUAGCGACAAUCGACAGGACUACGAGGAAUUUGAGUUUGACGAUGUUGUUAAUGAGCCGUCUACGUCUGGUACUCGUCGUAUCCAAGAAAAUAAGGAGGAAAAACUUACCAAACGAAAAGUAUCUGAAACUGAAGACCGGUCAAUCAAUUUCACACCUGUAUCUAAAACUAAGAAAAAAAAGGAAGACGAUAUGCAGGAAGUAAUAAAACAAUCAAUGAUUCAACGUCAAAAAAGAGCCGAAGAAAGAUUAAUUGAAAGGACACAGAAGCCUGAAGAUGAUGAUCUUUAUCAUUUUUUUAUGUCAAUGUAUCAGAUAACAAAAAAAAUACCUUCAAAGUUUCAGCAUCUUGCGAGAAAGGAUGUGUUUCAAGCUGUAGCAAAAGUAGAAGCUGCAUAUCUAGGAAUUCAGAAUCCGACUCAACAAAACGAUUAUCAUACUGAACGAAGAGCUUUUCCAUAUACAUAUGUUAACACUCAUACUCCGCAUCCCCACUCCUCUUACUCGUCAACACCUCUUCCAUCAACAAGCCCAAAUUCUCGCAGUAGCCAUCAUAAUGAAUAUCAGAGUUAUAGAAGCCCUGCAACUUCUCUUUCCAAUAGCUCUUAUCCGACCGUUUCAACACCACUUCCUCCACUCUCGAAUACCUACGACCUACAAUCUGACAGCAGUUCACCAACUACAUUCACAAAUUACAUGCCUGCUGCAACACCUCUCCAACCUACUACUACCGGUGAUUCUGAAGCAUCCCAGCCAUCUAGUACUAACAUAGCACCUACACCAGUAUGUAAUAAACCUAAAGCAUCAGCUUUUGAUUUGCUAUUUCAGUCGAGGGGCAAUGCAGAUAAAGAAAAAAUUACUGAGAAUAAUGAAAAUAUAGAUGACGAUGCUGAGCAUUCAGAAGAAAUGAAAAAACCAAAGGGGAAUAAAAUAAGAAGUUUUGUAGACAUAUUAGGGAAAGGCGAAGAUAAGAAAAUUGAGGACGCGAUAGUCAGAUUCUUUUUUGGCUGCAACAUUUCCCUGAGUGUGAUUGAUUCUGAUCAUUUUAAAAAUUUAAUUAAGGUUUUAAGACCUGCAUAUGCUAAUAAGCUUCGAGGAAGGAAAGCACUUUCGACCACGAUAAUUGAUAACACAUACAAUCAGUGUAGAGACGCAGCUUCCAAUAUUAGUGCUAAUUCGGUAUUAUUAAUUGAUGACUGGAAGAACUCAGCAGUCGUUAUAUAG